GCUGUCUGUACUUUUUAAUUUCCAGACUGCAAAGGACUCACAAUAAGACAAGUGAAUGCAACUGUGCGUUACAGAGUUACAGUAGUUUGAGGUAGCCAGCUAUAUAGCUAUGGCUAGAAGCCUGAAACCCGCAGGAGCCACUUUUGGACUGUAAUGCUCAGAAAAAGAUCUGAAGCUCCAAUUCCAACUAUCUCAGAUCAGUUCUGGGCACACUAUAAGCUGCUCAUUGGCUGCUCCUUUGAACCCAAAACACGUGAUGACGUCACCUCCCUGCUAGGGCUUGUGUCUGUUGCUUCAGAGAAACACUACACUACAAGUAAGCAAGGCGCCAAUAGAUGCUGCCAACAACUUGAAUCAGAUUUUUUUUAACCGUUACAGUGAUACCACCACCAAUACAUACUCAAUGUAUUAUGUAAUAUAUUGUAAUACGUGACAGUGUGUGAUUGAAUUGUGAUAUAAUGUCAACGAUACAAGACAUGAAAGAUGAGGGUUGCAUCUGUUGGUAUGGAUGUAGAGACGCUGAUUCCCUGGCCUCGUUGCUUUUUGCUUUGUCUUAGCUCCAUCUUGUGGUGGCGAAGGAGACGGGUCACAAUUCAGUGCCUCCACCUUUAGCCAAAUAUAGAGAUUCGCCAACUGGCUCGAACCUGUCCUGUUUCAUCUUUCCCCUAUCGCUUCUUCACUACCUAUUAAGCACUCCUGCUCCUUCCUCCUCCUCCAUCAAUAUACAUAUAUAUAUAUAUAUAAGCUGUGAUCUGCAGGCUUCUGUAUGUGAAAUAUACAAGGCGAUCAACAAUGGCGUCGAGCUCGCUUAGUUCAAGAAGGCCAUCGUCAUGGACGCCGCAGCAGAACAAGCUGUUUGAGCAGGCGCUGGCUUAUUAUGACAAGGACACGCCGGACCGGUGGCACAACAUAGCCAGGGCGGUCGGUGGCGGCAAGUCGGCCGAGGAAGUGAAGCUGCACUACGACAUACUUCUCGAGGAUCUCCGGCGGAUCGAGUCCGGCCGGGUCCCCAUCCCCAAUUACAGGUCCGCAGCCAUUAAUUCCGAUGAGGAACAGAGGCUUCUCAGGUUCCUCAGGCUGCAAUGAUGGAAGAGGAGAUCCAGGCAGCCUCCUCUACUACUGUUUGUUCAAAAGUCUCUAGGGAAUUAUUAAAAUAUACAUAUAUAUGUUGUCUAUAUCUGAAUUAAUAUCCAAAUCAAUCUGUAACUUUGUAAGGUCUUUUGUCCGCGUGUCUGUUUCAUCCACUCUACUCUUUAUAAAUUGUGUACUUUAUUAGCCAAGCCUUAAGUUA